UCUAGUGAAUGAGACAGACAUAGGUUAGAAGUGAUAGACAGGGAGAGAUUAAAAGGAUCAGGCCUUGCAGUCCCACAGUUAUAGUAGAGUUGUGACACUGUGCUUGCCUCAUGCACUGGCAUACAAAGCUCCUAUAAACCAGCAACCCUGCUCAUUUUACUGCUCUGAAUCUGCUUACUAUUCAGCAGGAGGAACUCUUAGGAGGAACUUUCUGUCCCAGUCUUUUGUGCGCACUGUGACAUUUGCUGACAUCUCUAGUGGUUUUGGACUGGAUCUGAAUUCAUCUGGACAAGAUGCUCUUGCGUUUCGGAGGGACCAGGGGGAUCCUGCUCUUCAGGAGGAGAGUGGGUUUAUCCUGUCGUUUUGCCCACUUGGUUCCCCAAAGCACGGAGUAUCGACCAAUCAAAAAGGUCAUGGUGGCAAAUAGAGGCGAAAUAGCCAUCCGGGUGUUUCGAGCAUGCACAGAACUUGGCAUCCGGACGGUGGCUGUAUAUUCCGAGCAGGACACCGGACAGAUGCACAGACAGAAGGCAGAUGAAGCUUACCUGAUCGGAAAAGGCCUGCCUCCCGUUGCAGCCUAUCUACAUAUCCCCGACAUCAUCAAAGUAGCUACGGAAAAUAAUGUAGAUGCCAUCCACCCUGGUUAUGGGUUUCUAUCUGAGCGGGCAGACUUUGCCCAGGCCUGUGCUGAUUCUGGGGUGAGAUUCAUUGGUCCUUCCCCAGAGGUUGUGCAAAAGAUGGGGGAUAAAGUGGAAGCUCGUGCCCUGGCCAUUACAGCAGGUGUUCCAGUGGUUCCCGGAACACAUGCCCCAAUCACUUCCCUUCAGGAUGCUCAGGAGUUUGCAAAGACGUAUGACUUUCCCAUCAUCUUUAAAGCUGCAUAUGGAGGAGGAGGUCGUGGAAUGAGAGUGGUCAAAGGUUAUGAGGAACUUGAAGAAAACUAUCACAGAGCUUAUUCAGAGGCUCUCGCCGCAUUCGGCAACGGUGCACUGUUUGUGGAAAAGUUCAUUGAGAAGCCACGGCACAUUGAAGUGCAAAUUCUUGGUGAUAAAUAUGGAAAUGUUAUUCAUCUGUAUGAGAGGGAUUGUUCCAUCCAGAGAAGACAUCAGAAAGUGGUUGAGAUUGCACCUGCUGCCCAGCUAGAUCCUCAACUUAGAGACAGACUCACCUCAGACUCUGUCAAACUGGCCAGACAGGUGGGCUAUGAGAAUGCAGGCACAGUGGAGUUCCUCGUGGACAAGCAAGGAAAACACUACUUUAUCGAGGUCAACUCUCGCCUACAGGUGGAACACACUGUUACAGAGGAGAUUACUGAUGUGGAUUUGGUGCACGCCCAGAUCCGCGUAUGCGAGGGCCGCAGUCUACCCGAGUUGGGUCUUGACCAGGACAAGAUCCGCAUCAAUGGUUGUGCCAUUCAGUGCCGGGUCACCACAGAAGACCCCUCCCGUGGUUUUCAACCAGACACAGGUCGCAUUGAGGUGUUUCGCAGUGGAGAGGGCAUGGGCAUACGUCUGGACAGUGCAUCAGCGUUUCAAGGGGCCAUCAUCUCCCCUCACUAUGACUCACUGCUGGUUAAAGUCAUCGCCAGUGGCAAAGAUCACCCCACCGCUGCGACCAAAAUGCACAGGGCCCUUUCAGAGUUCAGAGUGCGUGGUGUUAAGACGAAUAUUCCCUUUCUGCAGAAUGUUUUGAGUAACAGCCAGUUUCUAUAUGGCACGGUAGACACGCAGUUUAUUGAUGAGAAUCAGAAACUAUUCAUACUGAAGCCUACACAGAACAGAGCUCAGAAACUUCUGCACUAUCUGGGUCACAUCAUGGUAAAUGGACCCAUGACUCCAAUUGCAGUGAAAGCCAAACCUUCAUCUGUUGAUCCAGUCAUUCCUCCCGUUCCGUUGGGUGGGCCACCCAUGGGCUUCCGUGAGGUUCUGUUGAAGGAGGGUCCCGAGGGUUUUGCCAAGGCUGUUCGAAAGCACCAGGGUCUGCUACUUAUGGACACCACCUUCAGAGACGCCCACCAGUCUCUUCUGGCAACUCGUGUCAGGACACACGACCUUAAAAAGAUCGCUCCCUUUGUGUCUCACAACUUCAAUAAUCUCUUCAGUCUGGAGAACUGGGGAGGAGCUACAUUUGAUGUAGCCAUGCGUUUUCUCUCCGAGUGUCCAUGGAAGAGACUCCAGGAGCUCAGAGCUUUGAUACCCAACGUCCCAUUUCAGAUGCUUCUACGUGGUGCUAAUGCUGUGGGAUACACAAACUACCCCGAUAAUGCUGUGUUCAAAUUCUGUGAGGUGGCCAAAGAGAACGGAAUGGAUAUCUUCCGUGUUUUCGACUCAUUGAACUACAUUCCCAACAUGCUUUUGGGUAUGGAAGCAGCCGGUGCGGCAGGGGGCGUGGUGGAAGCGGCCAUUUCUUACACAGGAGAUGUUUCUGACCCUAUGAGACAAAAGUACUCACUGGAAUAUUACAUGGACCUGGCCAAUGAGCUAGUCAAGGCUGGAACACACAUACUAUCCAUUAAGGACAUGGCUGGCCUGCUGAAGCCUGAAGCCAGCCGCUUGCUGAUCGGAGCGCUGCGGGACCGUUUUCCUGACAUUCCCAUCCACGUCCACACUCACGACACAGCUGGCGCGGGCGUGGCAGCUAUGUUGGCCUGCGCGGAAGCAGGCGCUGAUAUAGUAGACGUGGCGGUUGACUCUAUGGCCGGCAUGACCUCUCAACCGAGCAUGGGUGCCAUCGUAGCCUGCGCGAGAGGAACUAGACUUGAUACCGGUGUUUCCCUGGACAAGGUCUUUGACUACAGUGAAUACUGGGAAGUGGCUCGUGGUCUAUACGCUCCUUUUGACUGCACUGCCACCAUGAAGUCUGGUAAUGCAGAUGUUUAUGAAAAUGAGAUCCCAGGUGGCCAGUACACCAACCUCCACUUUCAGGCCCACAGCAUGGGUCUGGGAAACAAGUUCAAGGAGGUGAAGAAAGCGUACGCUGAAGCCAACAAACUGCUGGGAGAUCUUAUCAAAGUGACUCCCUCCUCCAAAAUUGUGGGUGAUCUGGCUCAGUUCAUGGUGCAGAACAAUCUUACCCGGGCUGAAGUGGAACAGAGGGCAGAUGAGCUCUCCUUCCCGCUCUCUGUUGUGGAGUUUCUGCAAGGACAUAUCGGAAUCCCAUACGGAGGCUUUCCAGAGCCCUUCAGGUCAAAGGUGCUCAAGUCAUUACCUCGGAUUGAAGGUCGACCUGGGGCUUCACUUCCACCCAUGGACUUCAAGGCUCUUGAGUCAGACCUGCGAACUGCACACGGUCAAGACAUCACCCCUGAAGAUGUGAUGUCAGCAGCCAUGUACCCUAAAGUCUUCCAAGAGUUUAAAGAGUUCACGUCUAACUUCGGUCCAGUGGACUGCCUCAACACUCGCCUGUUUCUAGACGGACCCAAAAUUGCUGAGGAGUUUCAGGUUGAGCUGGAGAGAGGCAAAACAUUGCACAUCAAAGCUUUGGCCAUGGGUGAUUUAAACCGGUCUGGUCAGAGAGAGGUGUUUUUUGAACUCAACGGGCAGCUGCGUUCGGUCCUGGUCAAGGAUACCGCGGCAAUGAAGGAGAUGCACUUCCACCCUAAGGCCUUGAAGGACGUGCGGGGACAGAUCGGUGCUCCUAUGCCCGGUAAAGUGGUAGAAGUAAAGGUGAAGGAGGGCCAGAAGGUGGAGAAAGGUCAGCCGCUCUGCGUCCUCAGCGCCAUGAAAAUGGAGACGGUUGUCAACUCGCCACUUUCAGGCAUCGUGGCCAAGGUGCACGUCAAUGCAGACAGCAGCCUGGAAGGAGACGAUCUUAUUUUAGAAAUAACUGAAUAGAUUUGAAAGGUUACAAAGGUAAAGGUGAAAGGGAAGGCGAGGCUAAGGAUUUGGUUUUCUUUUUAAAAGUUUGACGUGUUUACAUGUAACCCCAGUUUAGAGAUCAACACAGAUUUUCAGCUUAAGGCAAUCAUGACGUCAAUUACAGAUGAGGAAAUCUUUCAGUGUCAUCAUGUGUCAGUCGUUCAUGUGAUGUGUUAUGUAGGGUCAGUCUGAUCCAGUAACAUUGGAUCUUCAAUGGUAAGGAUUAAUAUGCUGUAAUUGCCAAAGUUUUUAGAUUUGAUACAUUUUUAAUAUGCUUUGAAUUUGUUACAAGUGUUCUGUUGAGGUUUAAAGUCUAAUUUAAUUUAACAUUUCUGUUGUUAUUUCAGUAAAAAUAGAAGUUUAUAGAUAAAGUGUUUAUUGCUAGAAGCUAUAAAAUCUGUGAGAUUUACCAUUUGGUAUUCAGUUUUGGUUCUCUUAAUACACUGUGGACAGUGUGAAUCUCCCACUUGUGUCUUGUGAAUCUAGAUAGGGAGGGCACAUUACAUCUAUAUUCCACAGAUUAUUCCACUUGAAUGAAUGAAUGUAUAAAAUAUAGGUUCAUUAGGAAUUCUGUUGACAAUCUCUGAAUUUAUAUACCAGGAUAUACUGGUGUGUGUGUG